CGAUGAUGUCCAGAUGGAUCUUUUGGAGCAGGAAGCUUGUGAACUGCAGUCUGCAGUGAGACCUCUAGUGUUUUUCUUCUUCCACAUCCUGGCAGAGUUCCUGUAAAGUAUAAACACACACAGAGCUUCUAUUGUUUGCAGCCCUUCACGAGCCCCACUGAUCCUAAUAUGGAAUUCAGCAGGAAACCCAUGAUUUCCUGACAUGUAGCAAACUGGAGAAAAUAAAGAGAUUGCAUGAAAUAAAAAGAACAAGAGACCGAGUCCCUCCAUCAAAUUGUUCCAGUUUCCACUUUCUCUUUGGAAAUGCAAUGGAAAAUGGAAUGGAUUUAGCACGAAUCCCUGAUUUUUCAGGCCAGACCGGAGCAGAGAAACAGACAUUCAGCUCCUCAGAUUGCUGCUAUUUUUAAGCCGUGUGAAAUACCACAAUCCCUGUAUCCAAGAUGAAGAUUUCCUGACUUGAACUAACGACACGCGUGUCGAUUGUCUAUUUAUUCCCUCACAUGGUUCUCUGAGGCUUGAAAAGAUCAAGUGUGCAAAAUGAAGUUAUGAUUUCAUGUUUGUCUACCAUGCAGCAACAACAAUAGCAACGAAAAAACUCAUCGAAGAAGAAACCUGCCAUCAACAACUGCAAUCCUCCUUUGGGCUCUGUGUUCUUUUGUGUGUGAUUGCAAAAGCUGGAAGGAAAAAAGAAAAGCAGGAACAACCAGGAUGAGUGGCAAAGAGGAAGAGCCCAGCUAUUCGGAUGGUAGCGUAAAGAAGAUGCUCAAGUGUGUCGUGGUUGGUGAUGGAGCUGUUGGCAAGACCUGUCUGCUGAUGAGUUAUGCCAACGAUGCAUUUCCAGAAGAAUAUGUACCAACAGUGUUUGACCACUAUGCAGUUACUGUGACAGUUGGAGGCAGACAACAUUUGCUUGGACUUUAUGACACUGCAGGACAGGAGGACUACAAUCAACUAAGACCCCUCUCAUACCCCAACACAGAUGUGUUUUUGAUCUGUUUCUCUGUGGUAAACCCUGCCUCUUACCACAAUGUCCAAGAGGAAUGGGUGCCAGAAUUGAAAGUCUGCAUGCCACAUGUGCCUUAUGUUCUAAUAGGAACACAGAUCGACCUUCGAGAUGACCCCAAAACCUUGGCUCGGUUACUAUAUAUGAAAGAGAAGCCCCUGACUUAUGAACAUGGCAUCAAAUUGGCUAAAGAGAUUGGAGCCCAGUGCUACUUAGAGUGCUCAGCUUUGACCCAGAAAGGCCUGAAAGCAGUCUUUGAUGAAGCAAUCCUCACAAUCUUCAGCCCCAAGAGAAAGAAGAAACUCUGUGCCAAGUGUUGCAGCUGCUGUUCAGUUCUAUGAUGCCUGGAGAUCAGUGGACCAGUGCUGCCAGUUAGAAGUCCAAACCUGCACAGAGGGACAUGACCAGAAAAAAAGCUACUUUAUAAAGUGGUUCCUCCUAAUCUGUGAUUCCUCUCAAAUGCAACUUUGUAGACUUUUCAUGCCUUGCUCAUUUUUUCUAAUCCCUGUGCAUCUGUGUAUACAAGUUCAUGUCGAGAUAACUUCCCCCUGUUUAGCCAGCAGAUAAGGGGGGGGGGGGAUUAAAGAAAUUCUUGAUGUAGUCAGUAUCCAUAAUGCACUUGGAAGGAAAAAAGUAUCUAAGGAUCCUAAUCCUACAACAGAGCCAAGAAGAACCAGAUUUGUUAUUAGCAACCCACAGCAAGAAAUUAGUAAAUUCCAGUAUGAAUAUGCAAUCAUGAUUGAACUUGAAGGACACAAAAUGGUAUUUAGACGUUUUUUAGGAGCUGACCAUGUUAAUACAUGUAGAAGACCCGGGUCAAUUCAAUCUUUCCAAACUGAACGCAAACCAAUGCUUUUGAAAUAGAUGGCAUUGAAUUCAAAGUCAUUCAUGUACUAUAUUUGUCUUCUGUUUAUAAACUAAGCAUAAUCCAAAGAAAUACUGUCAGGAUGAAUUGUCAGGUUGCCACUGAAUGUAUGGGAAUCCUUUUCUUCCUAAACGAAAUCUGAAGCCCUCAAGCUGUGUAUUUUUCAAAAUCAUUUGGAAAUGGUAAUUACCAUUACCAUGAGGGGUCAGAUGGGGUGCAGAGAAGAAUGUGCAUAUGUCCUACCCACAAAUCUAGUCCUCUUUUCCCAGAAUUUAUUUUUUAUUCCAGCAUAUGCAGCCCACAAAAAUUCCUAACUGCUCUUUCAACAGUAUAGAUGCUCUCAACUCAAGUUCAGUUCCUGAUUACUAAUUUUCUUGACAAGAUGGGAGUGGUUGGCCAUUGUUUUUUUCUGAGAUGCUUUUUAAAAAAAAAUUCCUAGGGUAGUUUAUAGGCCUGGUAUUAUUCCUUGGUGGUCUUCCAUCCAAGUAUUGACUAAGCAUGUACCUGUUUAGCUUCUGAGCCCAGACAAGUUAGGACAGGUGAGGUCACCUGCUGGAGAUGCUAUUUGCACAAUCCAAGAUCAAAAGGCAGCUUGAGGACAGAAUACAAAAAAAUCCUGAGACAGUCAGUACAUGCAUCUCAUACACAUGGAUGUGUA